AUGCACUGGACGGCGCUCGUGUUGGCGUUAGGGCUCCUAGCGGUCACUGUUGCCUUGGACAAUGGCCUGAUGCGGACCCCUCCUAUGGGCUGGUUGGCGUGGGAACGCUUCCGCUGCAACGUGGACUGCGAGCACGACCCCAGGAAUUGUAUCAGUGAGCAAUUGUUCACCGACAUGGCCGACAGACUGUCAGAGGACGGGUGGCGGGAGCUGGGCUACGUCUACGUCAACAUCGACGACUGCUGGUCGUCCAUGCAGAGGGACCAGCGGGGGCGACUCCAGGCUGAUUCCAAGAGGUUCCCAGGAGGAAUCCGCCGGCUGUCCCGCUACAUGCACGACCGGGGGCUGAAAUUGGGCAUCUACGGUGACAUGGGCACGCACACCUGUGGGGGCUACCCAGGCACACCGCUGGACAAAAUCGAAGUAGAUGCUCAGACCUUCGCCGAGUGGGAAGUGGACAUGUUGAAACUCGACGGUUGCUAUUCCAACGCCACGGUGCAGGCGCAAGGCUACCCUCGCAUGUCCAAGGCUUUAAACGCCACAGGUCGUCCUAUUGGCUACUCUUGUAGCUGGCCUGCCUACCAAGGUGGUUUGCCACCAAAGGUGGAUUACAGUCUUUUGGCUAAGAUUUGCAACUUGUGGCGUAACUACGGCGACAUCCAAGACUCGUGGACCAGCGUGUUAAACAUUGUGGAUUGGUUCUUCGAUAACCAGGAAGUACUGAUCGCUGCAGCCGGGCCAGGACGUUGGAAUGACCCCGAUAUGCUGAUCAUUGGCGACUUUGGACUCAGCAUGGAGCAAUCGCGCUCACAAAUGGCUCUUUGGGCCAUCAUGGCCGCACCUCUCUUCAUGUCUAAUGACCUCCGCACCAUCAGCAGUGGCGCCCGCAGCAUCCUGCAGAAUAAAAUGGCUAUCAGAAUCAACCAGGAUCCUUUGGGUCUUCAGGGUAGACGCAUCCUUAAGGAGAAGAGCAAUAUUGAGGUAUUUUGGCGGCCGCUGUCUAACGACGCGAGCGCGCUUGUGUUCUUCAGUCGACGGGACGAUAUGCCGUACCGCUACCAGACGUCCCUCAGCAAGCUAAACUACACCACGGGAAUCUACAAGAUAUAUGACGUCUUCUCCGGAAGAACCAUGAUUCUUAAAGACUCGGUUAGCUUCGUGGUGUCGGUGAACCCCUCCGGCGUAGUCAUGUGGUACGUCUCCGCACCCGCAAAACCCAGAACCCUCUCACGGCAGUUCUCCCGAGACGACCGACUCGGAGGAUUUUUCCGGGGUUACUUGGCCAACGGCAUCCCGCAGGUCUUCCUGUGA